UAUCACGUGAUCUCCAGCACGAUGAAAGCCAGCGUGUGAUGUGCAUGUCGAAGGUUAUGCGGUACAUACAGGUGAUGUGUUUGAAGCGGUAACUUCAUGAAGUUUAACUAUGGAAUCAUAUGAAGUGGACGUUGUAAUUGUUGGGGGCGGUCUGUCAGGACUGUCAGCAGCGUUUUAUUUACUGAAGAAGGACCGAGGUCUAAAAAUAUGUCUUCUCGAAGCCAAGGGCCGAAUAGGCGGGAGGACGGAGACCCGGCAGCUUGACGCAGCAGAUGGCACCAAGGACUUCUGGGACCUCGGGGGCGAGUGGGUCGGCAGGUCUGGUGUCCUGCGCAGUGAUAGUGCUGGAAUAUUCCAUAAAAUUCUACCCAACUCACCCAAUCACUCGUUCUCCAGGCCGCAGACACACCUGCAGUAUCUGCUGCAAAAGUUCCGCAUGGACACCUUCAACCCCGUGGCCCCCCACACAGAGUCCCCCUUCACCCCUACCCCCAGACUUGCAUGGAAGACGCGACUCGACGUCAUACAAUUCUCCUGGAAGCUGAAACGACUGAAGGGUCGCCUGUCACAGAGCGACAUGAAGAACUCGGUGGAGGCGCUCAAGUGGGACGGCAUCACGUUCGAGAAAUAUCGGGAUGACAACUUGUGGACUGUAGAGGCCAAGAACCUUGUAGACGCGGCGUGUCGGUGUAUGUUUGGUCUGUCCCCGGCAGAAAUGACCCUGUUGUAUUUCCUCAUGUAUAUCAACUCGGCUGGAGGACUGAAAAUAUUCACCACACCGGCUGAGUUCACCGGCAGAGAAAGCAGGGUCAAGGGCGGAGUUCAGCAGCUGGCCACGCACAUGAUGCACAAGAUCGGCAAGAGAAACGUGCACUUGAACCACCCAGUGACGCAUAUAGUUCAGUCUGGGGAGAAGGUUACUGUUGUAACCGAAAACCGCCUCCAGGUGCAGUGUAGCAGGGUCAUCAUGGCGAUACCGCCACACCAUGCAGCCAGAAUCAAGUUCACGCCUCCCCUACCCUCUAGGAAAAUAAACCUCCUGAACAGCGUGCCUCUAGCCUUCCUGGUCAAAUUUGCGGUCACCUUCGAAGAGCCGUUCUGGAAGGACAGUGGGCCCGAUAAGCGCCAUUUUGGAUUCCAAACGGUAUUGGAGGACCCAGAACGUGGCCCGAUAGGGAUUGCGUAUGAUGCCACGUCUGCCAGAGGGAACCCAGCCCUCGCUGGCUUCCUGUCGUCUGCUUACGGCACAGAGGCUGAUCCUCGAAGACGACAGGACGCCAUCAUUGACCUCCUCGAGAGCGUCCUUGGUCCGAAUGUCCGUCAGUAUAAAGAUUUCGUCCAGAAGGACUGGAGCAAGGAGCCGUAUAACGGGGGAUGCUUCCUCAAAUCCCUCAUCCCUGGAACCACCAAGUACUUCAAUCAGGACCUUAGGGAGCCGUUUGAACGGAUCCAUUUCGCUGGAACUGAGACAGCUACGAUUUGGUGUGGGUUCAUGAACGGUGCCAUACAGUCAGGCUUCAGGGCAGCAACAGAGGUAUUGUAUCAUGUACGACCGCAGAUAAUUACCUCCCCUGAUCCCGAGUCCCAGCGGUUUUUCGACGAUGACGAGAACAGAUUCGGCGAUGACACGUACCUGCUUCGAUGGAUGUUGUUUGCAGCAGUUGGUGCAGGGUUUGCAUCGGCUCUGUAUGUAGUUCUCAAAUCUGACAAAGGAUUGACAAGGAAUUUCAUGGACAAUAUACGAAUUGUAUUUGACUGAUUCACAGUAUUUAUUGGAUGUUCAUUUUCGAAUAUUCCUCAUGUUGACAUUUUGGACCAGUCAUGAGACGCUUCCAGAUCUGAAACCAGUGCUGUGAAUUCUGGCGGGACGUGAUAGUAUCCAUGGGAGGCGGUGUUUGCUUGGUGCUUGUUGAACCGCCUGUAAAAUCCUUGACAGAAAUCUUUACAUGACAUUUCUUUGUGUAUUAAAAGAUGCCAUAAACAUGCUCUUGCAUUUUCCAUGAGAAUGAUUUAUGCUAUGCAAGAGACGACAUUCGUCUGUAGAAACCUUGAUAACAAAAAAUCAUGCAAUGCUAAUGAAUGGGGUGUGCAGUGUGGAUUCGUAAAUUUUGUUUAAAACAUGACAGUAUUUUACUAGGAGAGGUUGAGUAUUGCCAUUUUAAUGCAUGUCGCUGCCUGAAAUAAACAUGACAUGAUUACUA